GUCAGUUGAGCUGAAUUGAUAGAGAAGAUGAAUAAUAUCACCGAAUUUAUCCUUAUCGGAUUGACUCAAAAUAUGGAGCUUCAGAUAUUUUCAUUUGUCGUGUUUCUCAUUGUCUAUCUGCUCACCUUGGCUGGCAACAUGCUUAUCAUGGUCACCAUCAGCAGCAGCAGGGCCCUGGGAUCCCCGAUGUACUUCUUCCUCUCUUUUCUGUCUCUGAUUGAUGGCUGCUGCUCCUCUUCCAUGACUCCUAAGAUGCUGGCUGACUCUCUCUGUGUGAAGAAAACCAUUUCUUUCAGUGGAUGCAUGACUCAAGUCUUUGCUGAGCAUUUUUUCGGUGCUGCUGAGAUCAUUCUUCUCACUGUGAUGGCUUACGACCGCUAUGUGGCCAUUUGUAAACCCCUGCGCUACACGAUCAUCAUGAACAGAUUUGUGUGUGGCCUCUUGGUGGGAGUGGCCUGGGCUGGAGGUUUUAUCCAUGCAACCAUUCAGAUCCUCUUCACAGUUUGGCUGCCUUUCUGUGGCCCCAACGUCAUAGACCACUUUAUGUGUGACCUGACCCCAUUGUUGAAACUUGUCUGCAUGGACACACACACCUUGGGUCUCUUUGUUGCUGCCAACAGUGGCUUCAUCUGUCUACUAAACUUUCUACUUCUGAUGAUCUCCUAUAUAGUCAUAUUAGAUGCUCUGAAAUCUCACAGCAAGGAGGGAAGGCGCAAAGCCCUCUCCACCUGUGUCUCUCACAUCACAGUGGUCAUCUUAUUUUUUGUGCCUUGCAUAUUUGUGUAUCUGCGCCCAGUAAUGACCUUCUCUAUUGAUAAAGCUGUGGCUGUAUUUUACACCAUGAUUACUCCUAUGUUAAACCCCUUAAUUUAUACCCUCAGAAAUGCCGAGGUAAAAAAUGCUAUGAAGAAAAUUCUGGGUCAAAAGUUGACUUAA